GAUUUUGAUCUCUGAGGUGAAAGUAUAAUGUUAUCUCUCCAGAUAUUCUUCUCUUCUUCCACCUCCAUUUCUAACUAGCAAAAAUGCUUAAUUCUACGUCAUCGGAGAAGAAAAACCUUCAGUCUCUUAUAUCCUCCAACCUCAAGAGGCUCACCAUCAUUCCCCCCUCUUCCACGGCCACCGCCACCACCGCAGCCGCCGCGCACGACUUCGACUUCUCCGACGUAUUCGGUCCCUCAACCCCUCACUUCACCACCCAAUCGCCAUCAUCUUCCUCUCCUUCUCCCUCUCCAUCCGCAUUUAUUGGAGACCCGCUCGUAAUCCACAGUAGGUCCCACUCCUUCGUGGGCCCGUCCCCUCGCUAUACCGUCUCCUCCUCUCUUCCUUUCCAAAUCCCCGAGGUUGAAGCUGACACCCAACCUAAAGCUGAAUCCGAGUCGAAGAGCAAGAUCGGGCCGGAGGAUUUUGAGAUUCUGAGAGUGAUCGGACAAGGUGCGUUUGGGAAGGUGUUUCAGGUGAGGAAGAAAAUAGGAAGCGUCCUUGGCGAUGGUGAUGGUAUUUAUGCGAUGAAAGUGAUGAGGAAAGAUAUAAUCAUCAAGAAGAAUCAUGUCGGUUACAUGAAGGCCGAGAGAGACAUCCUCGCCAAAGUUGUUCAUCCGUUCAUCGUUCAGCUUCGGUACUCUUUCCAUACUAAGUCUAAGCUCUAUCUGAUUCUGGAUUUUAUAAAUGGCGGUCAUCUGUUCUUUCAUCUCUACCGGCAGGGAAUGUUCAGUGAAGAUCAGGCAAGGUUUUAUACCGCUGAGAUUGUGUCUGCUGUUUCACAUCUUCACAAGUGCGGGAUUAUGCAUCGGGAUCUUAAACCUGAAAAUAUUCUCAUGGAUGUGGAUGGACAUAUUAUGCUAACGGAUUUUGGACUGGCAAAGGAAAUGAAUGGAUUAGACAGAUCAAAUUCGAUGUGUGGGACAACUGAAUACAUGGCUCCAGAAAUUUUGCUGUCUAAAGGCCAUAACAAGGAUGCAGAUUGGUGGAGUGUUGGGAUACUCCUGUAUGAAAUGCUCACUGGGCAGCCUCCAUUCACCCAUGCAAACAGACAGAAGCUUCAACAACGAAUUAUCCAAGAGAAAGUCAAACUUCCACCAUACCUAAGCAGUGAAGCCCACUCUUUGCUCAAAGGGUUACUGCAAAAGGAACCAUCAAAAAGAUUAGGCAGCGGGCCUAGUGGCGGGGAUGAAAUAAAAUAUAAUAAGUGGUUUCGGUCAAUCAAUUGGAAGAAAUUAGAAGCCAGAGAAAUAGAGCCGAAGUUCAAACCAGAUGUGAGUGGAAAGGAUUGUACUGCGAACUUUGACAGGUGCUGGACAACAAUGCCUCCAGAUGAUUCACCAGCCCCGACACCUACGGCAGGUGAACAUUUUAAGGGGUAUACUUAUGUGGCUCCUAACCCCUGGCUCUCACCAAAAUGUUAUGUGGCUCCUAACCCUCGGCCCUUGCCAAAAUGAAUUGCAACAUUCAAACCAGAUUGCUUACUUCCUUCUUUGUAAGUUUUAGUUGGAAAUCCAAGAAAGUAAAAAAUAAAUAUUAAUCUCUCAUGUAUAUAGAUUCCAAAGCGUGCUUUUAUUUGGUUACCAUCUAGGACUUGGUAUCAAGCUCUCUCUGAAAAUAUACAGUGCCAGAUGUUCUCUUUAUGUUGUGGUAAAAAUGAUAAAAAAUUAUAAGUGCC